AUGCUGAGCUCAGAGCGAAUGACACUGGAGGUAGUGGAAGGCUUAGACAUCCUCGUGAUCAACCCAUAUGAGAAGAUAUCAAAGAUAGUAUACAACAGCGCGCAGCUGAGAAGAACUCCAGCCCUCGGAGAAGGCAUUGACGGCAUCAAAGUGGACAACGGAUAUCUGUAUUUCACGAAUACGUCUCAGAUGUAUUUUGGACGUUCACCAAUCGACCAAUCGAAUGGAGCGUCCAAGGUGAGAUCGAAGUUUUAUUCAACUCUUCCAAUUCCCUGGACGACUUUAUGUUCCACCCGAAUGGAUCCGCAUAUCUUACUCGUUCCACCGUCGGGCUGGCGGUUGCACAUCCUCCUGAUUACUCGCAUACCACUGCCAUCUUGA